AGCCAUGGAUGAAAUUGAACGUGUGCCAUCGUCGCGACGAGCUAACACCUUAAGCAGUGGGCUAUUCGUUACCAUAGAGAAUGAAAUCAGGCUUUGUCAUUUUCUGUGUGAGGAUAUUUACUGAAGGUCAUGUUGGUUGAUGCAAGGGUAGGUGUUAGGUCCUGGUAGAUGAGUAUAUAUGUCUCCCAGCUCUACCUUCACUGUCGGUGUGGAAUGAAGACAAUGACGAUGCUGCAUACAACGUUCAUCCUCCUCCUCUGUGUGGAACUUGUCACAGGUGCUUCUUUGAAGAAAAACAAAACUGGUGUCAUUACUCCGUGCUCGGCUUCCACGAACAGGCAGUUCAUGCAUGAGCUGAGGUCGCUGCUAAGCCUCUAUCUGGGGGAGAAGGUUCUACCGCCAGCGACCUCCACUCCACAAAGUAGCAGCUCGGGAGGAGGAGCGAUGUUCACUCGGUGGGGAAAGACAACAUGUCCGUCUGGAAAUGAUGUCAUGUAUAAAGGUUAUGCAGGAGGAAGCCAUUACACGGCCAAGGGUGGACCAGGGACAACUCUGUGCCUUCCAGAUUCUCCGAUCUACGCCAAACAUACUACAGCAGACACUUACAGUCAACUCUAUGGGACUGAGUAUGAAACUCUUGCAGCAACAGGACCUCUGCACAACAUGUUUCAACACGAUGUUCCUUGUGUGGUGUGCCGCAGUCGUCGCAGGAGGAGUGCUGUCAUGGUCCCUGCCAGGAAUGCGUGCUUCCCUCAGUGGCAUCUGGAAUACAAGGGGUACCUCUUCGGGGGAGCCACUAGACACUCAGGGUCAAGUGAUUACGUGUGUGUAGAUGAAGACCCAGAAUCCAUAAAGGGAGGCCAUGCAAACAAAGACGAACAUCUCCUGUACCUGGUCGAGUCUAUCUGUGGGUCCCUGCCAUGUCCACCAUAUGUUAAUGGCUGGGAGAUGACCUGUGCUGUCUGUACAAAAUAAAUAUAUAUAGUCCAUGU